AUGACAGUCUACACUACAACACCGGGAUUCAGUGCUCACGACAACAUUGCUUCAGGAAAAACUGCACAGCAGCUGUAUCCAUAUCUUAAUCAACCUUGGGGAGCUGAUAAAGCAGUGGACGGACAGAAAACAGACUUUUCUGCUGGAGGGGGACAAUGCACGAUAUCCACCAAUGUAGCACAAACAGCGAGGUGGUGGGUGGAUCUAGGAGGUUUCCUAAGUAUACAUUACAUAACUAUAUACUACAGGACGGACAACCUAGCCUGGGAUGCCAGUAAUCCUUACACCGCUCGAUUCCUUGGUUUCUCGGUAUACAUAUCGACCACAACCAACAAAGAUGACGGGGUACUGUGUUUUGAAGACACGUUGUACACCAAAGCCACAAUACCAAACCCGACAAACAUAACAUGUGCUAGACACGGACGUUACGUCAUUUAUUACAACGAGAGAAAUGCCCAAUCUCCUGCUGAAUAUUCUGCGAACGCAUUUAAUGAACUCUGUGAAUUUGAGGUUGCCCAACAGCAGGUGUUUAUGGAGAGAACUGCGAUCUAA